GUUUCCAUUUAGGCCUAGAUGUGGGGCAUCCAUGGGGCAUCCAUGGGGUCUGGAGAGAUCCUACCAGUGACUUUCUUACUGAUGGUGCUUGUGGCUCCCUCCAUGGUCCACGGAAUGGAAAGAAGAACCAAGCCCCCAGCCCCCCAUUUCCUGCUCCAGUGGAAGUACGAGUGCUACUUUGCCAACGGGACGGCCGGGCAGGUGCGCUACCUGGAAAGGUACAUCUAUGACCGGCAGGAGCUGGUCCGCUUCGACAGCCGCCGUGGGACCUUCGAGGCCGUCACGGGGCUGGGGAAGCCCGACGCCCGACGCUGGAACGGCCAGACGUUGCGCCUGGAGAACAGGCGGGCCGCCGUGGACUCCUUCUGCCGCCACAACUACGCGAUCGACGAGGCAGACGGCAUCGCCGCCUGGAAGUGUGAGCGGGGGAGGAGGGCUUUGGGGGACGCCACAAAGAUCCUCGUGGGGGGAGCAGAAAUGCCCGUGGAGCCAGGAAGCAGCAGCGGGGCUCAGGUUGCAGCAUAG